AUGCCUUCACAACCCCUCGAAUCCGGCUGGAAUUUCAGCUCCGUCAUCAAUCUGAUAGACUCGGACACUCACGACAUGGCCUCCCCGCCUCGAGAGUCGCGCUCUCCAGCUCCUGAAUCUACGUCAUACGGCAAGGGAGGAGGCAUAUCUCUGGGUAAUUUCUCGAGACUGUUCGAAGACUUGGGUAUCUCAAAUGAUGUGCCAGUUUCGAUGGCUCCAUUGCCGCCACUUGACCAAGAUUCUGAACUGAGUAAUUCCUCCGAUGAUGCUCUCCCGCAGAAACCAACACUUGAUAGCUUUGCGCUGGCUGCUCCCGUGUUGCUCCGAGCGCCAUUUUCUGACGAUGCGCAAGCUGGCUUGACCAAAAAGCAGCGUCGGAAAGCUCGCAGGCAAGCUGAGAAGGAAGAGGAAGAGCAUGAAUUAGCCAAGAAAGCACUCAAAGACAGGCGAAAGCUGCGAGAGGAACUCGAGGCUCUUGCCGAAACGUCGACUCAGAGUGACGAGGCCACCCAUACACCAUCAAAAUCACAUCGGACUCGAUCUAAUGUCGGCACAAAGAUCAUUUCCUCUGUAGCAGCUCCAGCUGUUCAGAAGUCUGUGGUUCCUGUCGCUAUGCCAUCACAGCCUCCGACGACUCCCAACCGCCCUCAGCGUCCUGCUCUUGGCCAGCAUUUGAGUUCUACUGCGCGACCAAUUACACCUCAGCCUCAAACUGUUGGUAAACCUGUACAAUCUACGGCAAGGUUUGGCACACCUACUUCAUUCCAAUAUGGGAGCGACCAUGGUCUCGUGCCGCGGACUGUUCAACCUGUUACUGUACCACGCCCUUCUCGACCUGAUACUGUUGCACGGAAGUCCGCUCCAGCAGUACAGCGUUGCGAAGCGCGCCCGGCCCCAUCAACGCCGAUGCCUCUUACAGCUGCGCCUCCUGUCUUUGCGACACCAACCAGUCGACCAGGAACAGUAACCAUACGGUCACAAGUGGAUCGCCACUUCAACCUCUUCCAUAAGCUUCUCAACUAUUUCCCGGACGACGCCCGGUGGGUUGUUGCUCCGAGGCAGUUGGUCAACGAGAAGAGCACGGCUGAAGGCCUGCACAUAUUUGUUGAUGUUUCGAACAUCAUGAUUGGUUUUAGGGACAACCUUCGAAGCCAAGGAAUCUUCCAGCCUUACGACAUGUCUUUCGAUAGCUUGGCCUUGUUGAUGGAAAGGCGUCGACCGGUAGCGAAGCGUAUUCUUGCUGGAUCUCACCGCGAAGCCAACCCGCUGGCGCACAUGAAAAAACUCGUCGACACUUCCAAGGCUGUCGGAUACGAGAACAAUGUGAUUGAGCAGGUCUAUAUCUCACGCGAACCAUCGGAUAAGAAGAAAUUCUUUGACGAUGUGAAGAAAAUGGGUUGGAAUCGAGCUACCGAGAAACAUUCUGGCAGCGGCAGUGGCAGCGACUCUGAAACGGGUGUGCCUGCGCCGGCGAAGACUCCUUCAGCUCCGAAAUGGGUUGAACAGGGAGUGGACGAGCUUCUUCAUCUGAAGAUGUGCCAGAGUAUUAUCGAUACCGAGUCGCCCAGCACCAUUGUUCUCGCGACUGGCGAUGGCAACGUUGCCGAGAUGUCGGACGGCUUUCUCGCACAUGUGGAGCGUGCGCUGAAGAACGGGUGGAAGGUUGAGUUGGUCAGCUGGAGACAGCAGACCAACGGUGGAUACAAGAACAAGAAGUUUCGCACAAAGUGGGCCGAGCAGUUCCGGAUUAUUGAGCUCGAUGACUUUUUGGAGGAUCUGAUUGAUACGCCUUAG